ACUUGCACGAAAAAGCGCCGGAAAGACCUAUAAAUAGGCUAAAGGCAGCCACGGUCUGCACACUCAUUCCCAAUAUGUCUCCGGUUGCAAGUCUUGUAGCUCCACUGCUCCUGCUGAUCGCCACGACCUCCGCUCCUGGGCAAGCCAGCCCGGCGGAUACUUCGCGAAUCAUUGGAGGAGAGUUUGCUGGACCCGGGCAGUUUCCGCAUCAGGUGUCCCUGCAGUUGAAUGGACGCCAUCACUGCGGCGGCUCGCUGAUCUCAGACACGAUGAUUGUCACUGCCGCCCACUGCACAAAGGACCAGAACCCUGCCAACAUGAAGGCCAUUGUGGGCACCAACGAUCUGAGCGCCGGCAAUGGGCAGGUCUUCAGCAUUUCCCAGCUAAUCAUCCAUCCGCAGUACAAUCCCCAGAGCCAGGACUUUGACAUGUCGCUGAUCCGGCUAAGUACGCCCGUGCCCAUUGGCGGUGCUGUCAAAACGAUCCCGCUGGCCGACGCGGACUCCAACUAUGCCGCCGACACCAUGGCCACCAUCAGCGGCUUUGGGGCCAUCAACCAGAAUCUUCAGCUGCCCAACCGCCUGAAGUUCGCCAAGGUGCAGCUCUGGAGUCGUGACUACUGCAACUCCCAGAACAUUCCUGGUCUCACCGAUCGCAUGGUGUGUGCUGGUCAUCCCAGUGGACAAGUCAGCUCCUGUCAGGGUGACUCUGGUGGCCCGCUCACUGUCGAUGGCAAACUCUUCGGCGUGGUCUCCUGGGGCUUUGGAUGUGGCGCCAAGGGACGCCCAGCCAUGUAUACUUACGUAGGUGCCUUGCGGUCCUGGAUCAAGCAAAACGCAAAUGUUUAAUCGGC